CAUGUCUCACUUGAGCUUGUUUAACAUACUCAAGGACAUCUGACCCAUGUCGCGUAGCUCAGAACCAAAGUACCUAGUAUGUCCAAACCGAGGUAAGUACAGCAAAUCCUGAUAUUGAGGAGAUCUUGAGGGAACCAAUAUUUCACCGUAGAGCUUAGGAAUCGGCGCCUCCACUCUGACAUGGCGGCAUUGGUUCCGACGGUCUCCACAACGGAGCGGGACGCAUCUCACCAAGCAAAGUCACCGUCUUAUCAAAUACCGACAUGGUACUUAGCUAAGCCGCCAACGUCUGCCCCAUCUUGCCAUCGCCAAGUAGGCAGGACGUCAUAUUCUGCAUCUCUGCGUCGGCGGGGCUGGGGAAACGAGAUGCUGCAGCUUGUCUAUCUUACUCAUUGCUUUGCUAACCUUGCUUGCUCUGCGUUAGCCCACGCAUCGAAUACCUUCAGGCUCCCAGCAACGAGAUCUCGGAAGAAAGACCAAUUCCAUAAUGGAGACCGGAUUUACAGAGAAGAACGGCAAUACUCACCUUUCUCCGCAAUCUCAAUAUGCGGGUGUGGGUCGCACCGAGCGGAGUUCCACCGCGAAGCAACCCAGGACCGCUCGGUAAGCGUGAACCACCCAAUGACAAACAUCGCAAACUACCGAAGAAGCUUGACGGGCUCGCUGUGGCAUUGGAUGAACCAGGGGAGCUUACUAAGGUGCAACGUCUUGGUUACCGAAUGCUUGUCAAAUCCCAUGCGCCUUUUCCCCAUCGUCGACUUCAGCAUGUUUCCUAAUGGGGGAAUUUCCUAUCAAGGAGGGACAGGCAAGGCUUUGACGAUGCCCUGAAUCUUGCAUAUGAACGAUUCAGAAGGGUUCCCUAUGCUGAUGGGAUUCGGAUCUAUUGGAAACCCCACAUGUCGAUAACGUGCUUGGCUUGGUCAUUGACAGCCACGCAGUCGUCCACGAUGCUGGAUGAACGGAGUCUACUCCGAGAUGAGGGA